AUGUAUCCUUCGUUAUUUAUGCUUGGGAUGAAGUACAUGUCUAGAAUUAUAAGGAAAGUUGGAGACUUUGAGGAGUUCAAGCAUUAUGAUAAUUGCAAGAAUUUAAAGUUAAAUCAUUUAUGCUUUGCAUAUGAUGUGCUCAUGUUUAGUAAGGGUGAAUUUAUCCCUAUUUACAAGAUGUUUCAAGGGGGGUCAAUGCCUUUUACUUACUUAGGAAUGUCGAUCAAGUUAAAAAAGAUAUCAACUCAGGAUUGUCAAAAUCUGGUUGAAACGAUGACAAGUAAAAUCAAAUCUUGGAGCACUAGAGCUUUGUCGUUUGCUGGGAGAGUUAUUCUGGUUAAUUAUGUGUUGAUGACUUUCCAUGCUUAUUGGAGUCACAUUACUGUUUUACCAAAGCAGGUGUUCAAGGAUAUUAAUGCCAUAUGUAGAGCUUACUUGUGGACUGGUAAGACUUAUAAUCAGUCUGCUGGUAAUAUUUCUUGGCAUAAAGUUUGUAAGUCUAAGCAGGAAGGUUGCUUAGGCUUCACUAAUAGCAAGGUGUGGAAUGUGGCAGUCAUUGGGAAGUAUGUUUGUUAUGUUGCCAGGAAAAAAGACAAUGUGCGGAUAAAAUGGGUUAACCAAGUGUAUCUAAAAGAGGCUGGUUGGUGGGAUUAUGGUGUUCCAUCCUAUGGGAGUUGGUAUUGGAAGAAAAUUAUGGAGGUCAAAGACAGUUUAAAGACCAAGAAACAGUAUAUUGAAAAAGAGAAGUAUAACAUCAAAUAG